AUGUUUGUAAAGAAGGCAGAUGGUUCCCUCAGACUGGUUGUUGACUAUUGGAAACUCAAUGAUGUCACCCACAAAAACAUUUACCUGCUUCCUAGGCAAGACAAUCUCAUGGCCAAACUCAGGCAUGCAAAACUAUUCACAAAAUUGGAUUUGCGUUGGGGAUACAACAAUGUUUGGAUCAGAGAAGGUGAUGAAUGGAAGACAGCUUUUAGAACCAAAUACAGGCUAUUCAAAUACCUAGUAAUGCCUUUUGGUGUUACCAAUGCACCAGCUGCCUUCCAACAUUUUAUGAACAACCUAUUCAGAGAUCUGAUUGAUGUCACCAUGGUCAUUUACUUGGACAAUAUCCUGAUCUUCUCUGAAAAACUGGAAGAGCACCCAGACCACAUCAGAGAAGUACUAUCCAAACUUAUGAAAAACCAGUUGUUCUGUAAACUGUCAAAAUGCCAUUUCCAUGUUACCACAGUGGACUAUCUGGGUAUUGUCAUCUCUCCCAGCAGAUUCUCCAUGGACCAAAAGAAAAUCAAGGCUGUCACAUCUGGGCCCCAACCCCAAAUGGUCAAACAAGUACAGGCAUUUUUAGGAUUUGUUAACUACCUCCAGUAA